AUGCAAGACCUUACGAACAAUAACAACAACCUCCCACAAAGGGCAUUGGUAAAGGAUAUUAUGUUGUCUAAAGGAAAGCACUUGGUAGUAAGCGCAUCAGAUGGAACAAGUACACAGUAUUCAUACGAGGAUAUAUUAGAGUUCUUUAAAGAGAGAAUGUCUUCAGAUAAUAAUGAUAGCAAGAUGAACUAUUGGAUCGAAAUGCAAACACUGGAAGAGUCAGAGAUCACCGAGAUAUGCAAGACAUUGGGUAUUCAUUCAUUGACUGUUAGAGAUAUCAUUGAAAGAGAGACAAGAGAGAAAUGCGAGUUCUUUAGCAAUCAUCUGUUUGUUGUAGUCAAUGAGAUACAUUAUGAAGAUGGCUCCAAUCAUUUGGUCAGUGGCGUUUUGAAUAUCAUACUGUUUAAGAAUAUGAUAUUGACAUUCCAUCAUGAGCCACUGAUAAGCACAUCACAGGUGAUGCGAAUGAUCACCUACUCACCCACUGGAACACUGCCUUCCGCCGCCUGGAUCAUCUAUGCCUACCUGGACUGCAUCAUAGAUCUCUACAUUGACCUUGUCGACAAGUUGAUGAUGGAGACACAGUCCCUCGAUGAGCUUGUACUUGUACUGACCGGAAUGAAGCAAAACGAACUGUUCACGCGAAUUGGCAUGGCUGGCAGGCGUCUUGUGAGUCUGCACAGUGGUGUCUUUGGCAAGAGUGAGAUCAUAUCAAUUAUGUUAAGAGAUGAGAAGCUGAUACCUUCAAACAUGUUGAGAUACUUGAGGAAUGUCCAGGAUCAUGUGUUUAGGAUGCUCCAGAAGCUGACGCUGUCUCAACGUCUGUUGGCAAACAUGAACAAUAUUUACAUGGCGAGGAUGUCGCUCGAGGUCAGUGAGUCGUCAAACCUCAUCAAUAGGAGCAUGCGCAAGUUCACAGCGGUCAGCACUGUGUUUGUGCCGCUCUCCCUACUCUCUGGCAUCAUGGGCAUGAACGUCUACGUCCCCUUCAUGGUGGGAUACUUCCCAGGUGGCCAUGACUACUAUGCAUUCAUCGUGGUCAUAAUCAUCAUGGCACUCUUUGGAUCGACUACUGCAUUCCUAUUCAAGAAGAAUGGAUGGAUCUAA